GUGGGUCGGACGGCAGUGAUACCUGCAGAGCAGAGCAGAGCAUCAGCACAGCCGCCUCAGCCCUCACACAGGACAGUCGCACUGCAGCAAGCUGAGAGCAGCUGACGGGAAAAUACUUUUUUUUUUCUUUUUUUCAGUAAACAGCCAAGAAGUCAAUCCAUCCUGCAUCAGCUGAACAAUGCUGCUGAGAAGAAUCCGACAUGUCCAAAUACUUCUCGUCGCAGUCUGCCGCCUCACUCUGGCCUUCCCCACACAAACUACAUCUGCAUUCGGUGAUGUUAUGCAGCUCCAGGUGAACAUCCCCCACUCAGGUCCAGUUUCCGCCCCACUGGGCAGCUCCAUCUCCAUCCCCUGCUUGGUAUCGCUGUCCUCCGCACCCACCUCCUCCUCCUCCGCCCCUGUUGCACCUCGGGUCAAGUGGACGGUGGUGUCCGGCGGGGUGGAAACGCAGAUCUUGGUGGCGCGGGGUCAAAGGGUGAAGGUAAAUGAGGCGUACCGAGACCGCGCCGCCUGGCUCAACUACACCUCCUCCCCCGAUGAUCUGUCGCUUUGGCUGGGAGAUCUACGCUCCAGUGACUCAGGUCACUAUCGCUGCGAGGUGCAGCAGGGCCUGGAGGACGCCAGCGACCUCGUAGAGCUCAAGGUCAAAGGGGUUGUAUUCCACUAUAGAGAUGCUCUGGGCCGCUAUGCGUUCUCCUUCCCUCAGGCCCAGAGGGCUUGCGAGGCCAUCGGGGCACAAAUUGCCACUCCUGACCAGCUGCUGGCAGCUUAUUACGACGGCUACGAGCAGUGUGAUGCAGGCUGGCUGGCAGAUCAGUCUGUCAGGUAUCCAAUCCAAGUGCCCCGCGAAGGUUGCUAUGGAGACAUGGAUGGCCAACCAGGAGUGAGAAAUUAUGGGACAAUGGAUCCAGAGGAUCUCUUUGAUGUUUACUGUUAUGUGGAGGAAACUGAAGGGGAGGUGUUUCACGACUCCGUCCCACAGCUGCUGUCGUUCGAUGAAGCGCAGUCAUACUGCAGAGCUACCGGAGCAGAGCUGGCUACAACUGCUCAGCUGUACUUGGCAUGGAGUGAAGGUAUGGACCGCUGCAGCCCCGGCUGGCUGUCUGACGGCAGUGUCCGCUACCCCAUCAUAACCCCUAGAGAUCGCUGUGGAGGGCCGCAGCCAGGCGUCAAAACACUCUACCGCUUCAGCAACCAAACCGGCUUCCCAGAGCCCUCCAGCCUUCAUGACGUUUAUUGUUUCAAAGAUAAUAGAGACACUCAUACUGACUCUCCUAUGGACUAUAUGGCCACGGAGCCUGAGCACAUCAAACAAGAUGUUGUUAUUCUUGUGGAAACAGAUCAUGAGCUGCACCUGAACCAACAUGCAGAACAGGUGGAGCUCAAAGCUCAAAGGGUAGUCGAAUCUUUCCCCCUUUUCUCCAGCCCUUCCACUGAGGAGAGCCCCACAGACACAGCUGAGUUUUCCCUAAACACCACACCUCCGUUGGACUUUCUCCAAGCACAUAAUGAAACUUCAUCUCCUACAGAAAUGAGCUCCCAGAAUCCUACAGCACCGAUGAACGGCAAUAUUAGUGCCACAGAGAUGUACAAUUCCCCACAAAACACAUCGUUACUGCUCAGUGUUUACAAUCAGACAGAUUCCCACCACAAUCUAAACUUCACCUUUUCAGAGUCUGAGCCUGAAAGCACCACAGAGUUUCCCGAAUCCACUAAUGAGCCUCAAACACAUAACCAGACAGUUACAGACACAAAUUCUGAGGAGAAUACAUCCGAGCGACCAAAGGAUUCUCAAGAAAUACAACAGAUCAACUUGAGCUUUAACAGAUCACGGGCCAAUUACACCGAGUCCGACAGCAAUCGCACUCAAGAGGAGAGUUUCUGGGAGGUGACCCACGACCCCAUGGUUCAGGUGAAGCUGGAGGAGGCAGUAGUAGAAGAUCCUGUGCAGAUGUCUCUGUCAACACAAGCCUCGAAAGAAGAAGAAGAACUUGUUACACAACCAGCACAAACUACAAAAUCUUCCCUCAAGGAGCUGACCUCAGUGUGGGCUCCUCUGGACGGGUCUGGAGAUAUUUCUCAAGAGAGUAACCUUGACACUGAAGCAGUCAGCUUCAUCUCCACGUCAGAGUCUUCUACUUCCCGGUCCACUACUCAUCCGUCACCUUCUGCUUCUGCUAGCGGUGCUCCUGCUAAGUCUCAGACUGAGGUCCCCGGUCUGAUGCUCACCUCAGUGUCACACCAUUCAGGCAAAACUGGCUUGGAUAUCUUCUCAACAGCACCACAGCUGUGGGAAUCACCCAUUUCUAGACAGGAGGGAAGUACAAGCUUGGAGUUUGAAGACACAGUCACUAUGGAAAAUGAAGAAAAACAGAUGCAUCCAACAAGAUCUGGACCCAGUGUUGUUUCUGGAAGAAGUUCAACUACUACUGAGUCUCUCACUGAGUUGCCGUUUGAUCCCUUCAUACCACGGUACCAAACAUCAGGUUACAGGGUGUAUUUGGAGUCAGCGACUGCUGGGUAUGAAGAGGCAAGUGGACAAGAACCUGGGACAGUUACUGCAAGCCCGGAAGAAGACGUUAAAGUUACCCCAACCGUUGAAGGUGGUGUUAAUAUUAGCAAAAUCACUGAAGAGGAAAAUAAAGUCACUCAAACUCUUGAAGAGGAAGCUACAGUAACCCCAACGCUUGAAGACAAAACAAAAGUUUACCCAACUCUUGAAGAGGAACUUUCCUUAUCACUGGAAGAAGGAACAAAUGCUACCCCAACCCUUGAAGAAGAAGCUAACAUUGCAGCGUCCUAUGAGGAAGAAGCUAAGACUACUGCAUCCCAUGAAGAAGAAGCGAACAUCCCAACAACCCUAUCCCUUGAUAAAGAAUCUAGCAUUGCCCCAACCCUUGCCCAUGAAGAAGAAGCUAACGUUACUGCAUCCCGUGAAGAAGAAGCUAACGCCCCAACAACCCUAUCCCUUGAUAAAGAAUCUAGCAUUGCCCCAACCCUUGCCCAUGAAGAAGAAGCUAACGUUACUGCAUCCCGUGAAGAAGAAGCUAACGCCCCAACAACCCUAUCCCUUGAUAAAGAAUCUAGCGUUGCCCCAACCCUUGCCCAUGAAGAAGAAGCUAACAUUACUGCAUCCCGUGAAGAAGAAGCUAAUGUUACUGCAUCCCGUGAAGAAGAAGCUAAUGUUACUGCAUCCCGUGAAGAAGAAGCCAACAUUGCCCCAACAUUUGAAGAAGUUCAUGUUGCCCCAACCCUUGCCAUUGAAGAAGAAGAUAAUGUUAGCCCAAUUCAUGACCUUGAAGAAGAGGGUAGUGUCGCCCCGACCAUUGAAGAGGAAGCUAGCACUACCCCAACUGUUGAAGAAGAAGCUAGCACUACCCCAACUGUUGAAGAAGAAGCUAGCAUUACCCCAACCGGUGAAGAGGAAGCAAGCGUUACCCUCGAGGAGGAUUUUACUGUCUUUCCUCUCGAUAUAGAAACAUCUAACUGGGCUCUGCUGUCCACCACCACCAGACCCCAAGAGUCUCUGAACGAUCUAGAGUACAACAGAAAAACCUCCACAGCAGCUCCAGAUUCCUCCUCGGGCACAAAACCUACUGCUGCUGCCACAAAGACGACAACCACGACCGCCAGGACCACCACGCACUGGUCCAGACGCACCUGGAGCCCACCGACCACCUCAGCACCGAAGGUUCUCCACAAGACAGCUGAGCCCCGGCAGGUGACGGCAUUCAUCCCUCCAGUGGAUCAAGGUCUGGUGGAUGUUGAGUUUAGUCUCACCCAGCCUCCCACCCUGCUUAUCUUGCCCAAUGAGCGGGCAGCUGUAGGCGGUACAGGGAAAGUUUCAGAUGCCUGUGUGGGAGAACCAUGUCUCAACGGAGGCACGUGCACCGACCGAGACGGUGAGAUCAAAUGUCUCUGUUUGCCAACAUACGGGGGAGACUUCUGUCAGACCGAUGUGGAGCGAUGCGAGCCAGGCUGGGAUAAGUUCCAGGGUUUCUGCUACCGACACUUCGGCCAGCGCCUGAGCUGGGAGGUGGCGGAGCAGCACUGUCGCAUGCUGGGAGCUCACCUGGUGUCCAUCAUGACCCCUGAGGAGCAGAGUUACAUCAACAACAACUACAAAGAAUACCAGUGGACCGGUUUGAAUGAUAAGACCAUCGAGGAUGAUUUCCGCUGGUCUGAUGGAAACCCGCUGCUGUAUGAGAACUGGUACAGAGGGCAGCCAGACAGCUAUUUUCUCUCCGGUGAAGACUGUGUGGUGAUGGUGUGGCACGACGAUGGACGCUGGAGCGACGUACCCUGCAACUACCACCUCGCGUACACCUGCAAGAAGGGCACCUCCUCGUGUGGGCCGCCGCCAAAGGUCCGAAACGCCUCCAUGUUUGGAAAGGUUCGGCAGAGAUAUGAGACCGGUGCGGUCGUGCGUUAUCACUGCGCUCAGGGUUUCCAGCAGAGACUGAAUCCUCUGAUCAGGUGUCUGUCUGGAGGAAGGUGGGAGAGACCCCAGAUCCUCUGCAUCCCUGAGGCGGGAGGUCCGACCCAACACCCUGAAGUGACGUCGCUGACAAACACCAACUUUGCCGCCAUCGAAGACGAGUUUGAAGCCACUAAAGAGACGCCGCAGUACUGGGACAUCCGGUUUUAGUCAGCCACGCUUUCCUCAACUUCCUCUCUUAGAUUCUGAAGAUGACAAGAAUCGAAUGCUUUUACCAAUGAACGUCGAACAGGACACAGCGAAACCACAGAUGCAUUAAGACACAAAGUUUUCCUCUCAGCCAAGAAGCCUGAGUGCACAACCGUUCCUACUUUUUGAUGCCCUUUAGAAUAUUUUCCACCGUAGACUUUAAGAUUUUAAUGCAACGAAAGGAAGAGCGAUGAAGAGGAUGAAUUGAUUAGCUGAUGAGUCCUUUUCACUCGAAAGAAAGCUCCAAAUCCCAGCCCUCGGUCCACCUUGGUAGAAAAGAUGUAAUAAGAACCAUUCCCUUUGUGGUUCUUUCUAUAAAAUGGUGCUAAUAUCUCCAAGACCUUUGUAUCCAACGGAGGUUUUUGUUUUCAGUGCGAUGUAGGAACAGAGAGCCUACUUUUCAAACUCCAAAGCACAAAGUUCAAACUCGACAGUCAAUAAAUACUGUACAUACAUUAGUUUCCACACCUGUGAUUGCUUCCCACAUUUUUUUCCCUGAGAGAAACCUUUUUAUUUCCAGCCGACACAGUUUUGUUCGUCAGCUUUAUGUUGUAAUAAAGUUUUGUAGAACAGAACAAAGAAUAAAUUCUUCUCCCUUUUUA